UUUGUUGUGUCUUCAAGCGCAAAUAUUCAAAUUAAAAGCAGCUUCUGCGAAACACACCGUUGAACAAUAGAAACAAUAAAAAUUUAAGCACGCGCGCACAUGCGUUGUUAAGGUGUCCGUAAACGGUCAGGAGGUGAUUAAAGGCGACGGCGUUGUUUGCCUACAAAGUGCAGCUAAUUAGGCGAAAUCAAAACAAACUUUGACCGUAACUCCUUACUCAGCCCACGAACGGUGUGUGAUGUUGCAAGUGUCGCUAUUGGCUUUGUUGUUGCUGAUCUGUAUGGUUAUUUGGUGGCAACGCAAUGCGUGGUUGCUGGUGUGGCGCCUCAACGGUUGGCGUGGCCUGCUGCAGCAGCCAUACUUGUGGUUCAUCCUCAUCUUUUAUCUGGAGCCAAAGAAACUUCUCCAAGUCGUGUCUCACAUACGUCCCUACUUUCAACGGCCACUGGGCAUCGUCUUUGGCAAUAAAAGUGUUAUCUAUGUCGAUGAUCCCAUAACCAUGGAACAGUUCUUCAAUGCCCCCGAAUGCAUUGACAAAUCGUUUUUCCAAGAUGGUUUUUGCUUGAAACGUGGACUUUUACAUGCUAGGGGGGCCGCUUGGAAAUCGCGUCGCAGACAGCUGGAUCCUGCUUUCGGUUCUAAGGUCUUACUCAGCUUUAUCGACACCUUCAACACCGUAGGAAAUCAGCUGGUGCACAAAUUUGAAACGGAACUUUUGGGCGAUAAUAUUGAAUUUGAAACACUUGACGAAAUGUUUAGCAGAGCAGUGCUCGAGGUUUCGUGCCAAACCACAAUGGGCACGGAGACCAAUUUCACGGCUGCAGACACACAAGGCAUUGCAAAGACUUAUAGCGAACUCAUGGGCAUAUCAGCACUGAGAGGUACAAAGCCCUGGUUGCAGGUUGACUUUCUGUUUCGUUGGCUGGAUGCGCCAAAUUACAAACGUUGCCAGGAACUCAUGAAGCACUUGGAGGACUUCGUAAGAGUUAUCGUGCAGAAGAAGCACGCCGAAUGGAGGGCGAGCGGUGAAUGCCAUAUUGGACACAUUGGCAACGAUAGUGGAGGCGCAAAUGCUGAUGGUGCCGAAGAUGUAAGAAAUAUACGCAAUAUAUCUUCGGAGAAUACAUCACGAAAACGUAUUUUUAUUGAGCAAAUAUUUCAUAUGGUUGAUUCUGGGGAACUGCGUAUGGAGGAUGUUAUGGACGAGGCGUUAUCCAUGCUCAUGGUGUCGUUCGAGACGAUUUCCACAAGCGUUCUGGUCAUCAUGCUGCUUUUGGCUAUGCACAAGGAUCACCAGCGCAAAUUACGUGAGGAAAUCGUCGCAACCUUUCCCCAAGCGCAACAUAUCACCAAUAUCGACCCUGUGCAGUUAUUACAAAUGAAAUACCUUGAUGCCAUUGUAUACGAGUCAUUGCGUCUACUGACCACAGUGCCGUUUAAUAUGCGUGCUGUGAGUCGAGAUUUCUUUAUAGAGGUCUCGGCGCCCAGUGGUUCGAAGUGGCGCGCCAAAAUACCCAAAGAUACUGCAAUCGUAUUUGAUGCGUUCAAUAUGCAACGGGAUCCAACGUAUUGGGGGUCACAUGCACAAGAAUUCUACCCAGAACAUUUCAUCGUCGGAAACUCGAGCGCAGCGGGACGACAUCCGUACGCAUUUGUGCCAUUCGCCAAAGGUCUACGUUACUGCAUCGGAAAUCGCUAUUCAAUGUAUUUGGCCAAAAUAUUUAUAGUGAAGUUGAUCCAUCACUUUGAAUUUGGCACCUCAACGAAGCUGAGCGACUUGCAUUUCGUCAAUGGCAUUUCGCUGAAGUUUGGCAAUAGCGAAAUCAUUAACUUUCAUAUAAAAAAGACUGAGCGGACUGGUGAUUAAGUUAUCUAUCGGGCCAAAAACUCAAAGAACUGAAAAUUCUGUAUUCGGGGGAUUUCAUAACGGCUUUAUCCCUUCACUUAGAAGAUCAUAAGAUAUUGCGUUUCGCAAUUUGAAGUUGGCAAAGCCGUGAACUCAAAGCUGCUUGGUUUUUUAUUAAUCAAAAGAGACUCUUUUAUUAAUACAACGUAUUUACA